GACAGGCACACUCCUCAGGAGCAGGGUCCGGUGCUUUGAGGCUGUCGCUUGGACUGCGGCGACUGAGGGCUCGAGGUGGUCCCCUGUCCCCCAGCGCUCCCGCCCACUCCCGCCUCUCCACCGGGCUCCGCAGGGGUUGUGCGGAGGGAUCGCUCGCGGGUGCAAGGCCGGCCCGCCGGCCGAAGGAGGGCGGCGCCCUGGGCGGAUCCUCGCCACGUGCCUGACUCCUGCGCGCCCAGCUGCAAAACAAGCGGCGGGCUCUCGGCGGGGCAGCGUCGCCGCCGCCGGGAUGGGCCCCGGUGGGUGUGGGGCGGGCGCGGCGUCUCCGGGCGCGCUCUGCCUGGGCGCUGCGCUCAGCGGGAUCCUCAGCUUCGGCCUCUUGGCUGCGGCCAUCGGCACCGACUACUGGUACUUGAUCCGCGUGGAGGCGGCGGGGCGCAACGGCAGCGCUUGGGAGGCAGAGCAGCUAAGUUCCCAUUCCGGACUCUGGCGCCUGUGCGAAGGACGGAAUGCCUGUAUACCUCUCAUUGACCCAUUUGGCCCUGAAAGCUGGCAGGUUCCAUCAUCACUUCAAUAUCUUAUCAGCAUGCAGAGGGCUUUUGUGGUUCUGCUGCCGCUCAGCCUCAUCUUGCUUGUCUUUGGCUGGAUCUGUGGAAUCAUCAGUUCACUGGUCAGGAGCACCCGGUUUCUGCUAUUCACAGGCUGCUAUUUCUUGCAGGGCGCUCUGCUGACACUGGUAGGGACCACCGUCUACAUUUGCUACUCCAGGGCUGCGUUCACAGAGACAGUGCAGAUGUUUGACCGGCAGCGCUUUGAGCAUGUCCUCAUUGCCUUUGGCUGGUCCUUGGCGCUCGCUUGGCUGUCCUUUGGCACAGAAGCAUUGGCUGGCAUCCUCUUUCUCCUGGCUGCCUGGGGACUCACCUUGACCCCAGAAUCGUUUUCAGUGGCCAUCUGAUCCUUGCAGAGAGAGAGAUGGCGGAAGUGCAGCAUUGCCAGGGCUUUGACACCAUCCGGUCCUUCACUGGUACUUCCCUUGUGGCACAUUCUGAUGGAACUGCAAUGUACAUGUAGAGCUUCCGAACAAGGGGAGGCGGCUGCAGAGUAGCAGGCUCUUGCUGUGGACAUGAUGAACUGGGUGGGUGGGUGGGUGGGUGGGAGAACCCCUGUUGAUGCAGCAUGUCCAGUGGAAUAUUGCAGGGAGUUCCCUUACUUGAUUAUUGACAUGUGGGUGGAGCUAAGGAAAGCAAGAGAUCAGUGCUGCGCAACCCCCCCCCCCCCAAUCUGCGGCAGCAGCCAUGGCCCUUUUGCUCUGCUUGAUAUAUGCAUUUAAUAGUCAUUCUCCACCAAGCUUGCCCUUGUGUCUGUCCUCCUUGUUGAACCUGGAACUCUUAUUUAUUUUAUUUAUAUUUUAUCUUUAAAUAAAGGGCUCUGGUAAGA